AUGCCAAGAGGGCUAUUCGAACCAACUGUCAUGUUCUGUGGAAUGACAAACUCUCCAGCCACCUUUCAAGCCAUGAUGGAUGGUAUCUUUGCAGAUCUGCUCUUAGAAGGAUGCUUAGUAAUCUACAUUGACGACAUCCUCAUCUACUCCACCGAUUAUUCGGAACAUCGGCAACACACUCAAUUAGUCCUUCAACGACUGAAAGAAUCAGAUCUCUUUCUCAAGCCCGAGAAAUGCUUCUUUGACGUAUCAGAAGUCGAUUUUCUAGGAUUCAUUCUCCGACCAGGACAGAUAGGGAUGGCAGAAGAUAAAGUAUCAGCAGUACUAAUUUGGCCAAAGAUUGACAGCGUCAAAGCACUACAAUGCUUCCUGGGCUUUGCCAAUUUCUACUGA